UGAUUGCCACUCACUCCAAGAGUUUGUUUGUAUUCGUCAUACGUGCAAAGGAUCUCUUACGUAAGGAGCUAUAGUGUCUCAUUCUAUGAAUGUUUAGAGCAAACAUUCAAGAUCGAGCUUCCUCUCGGUGAUCUAUCGGCUGUAUGCACAACCUUCAGUCUAUAUAGGUGAAGAAGCUCUCAAAAGAUGAUGGAGAAGGCACAGUUUCUAACAAAUGGGAUUAUGGACGACAAGAAGCAGGGCCGCAGGGGACAUUAAUGUGCGCACUGAGAAUACACAUAUAAAGAAGAAAAUGAUCUGUGAAGACAAUGACCGACAAACAUGAAGAUGAUUAAACAUAAUUUAUAUCAUGUGAAUCAUAAAUAACAACGGACGGAUAUACAAUCACGUGCUGUGAUUGUUAAGGCUGUGCAGUUUCGAAUAGAACUUCAUCGGCGAAAGCAACUUUGUUUUCGAUUAUAACUAGGACGGUUCCAUACUUCGAUAUCACUUCAAAACGCUUAAAGAGCUGAAAAUGAUCUGCAGCAAAUCUACCCUACGCGAUGCCUUGACGGCCCUACUAGUGGUCACCUUUGGUACCAGUACAUGGGUGUCCCUUGGAGGGAUCUGGGAGGAGCUACCACUCCUUACCAACUUGGACAUCCCUGAGGGGUACAAAAUCGGAUCUUACUUCAUCAUCGUCACCCAAGCAGCAGUCAUCGGACCACUCAUUUUCGUCUCAUGCCAAUGCUUUGCUCCAAAGAAGUACCAUCUGGAAAUCCCAGCUAUUUACGCGAUUUUAGCGGUGGGUGCCACGGCCAGUUUCCUUUUGAUAUUCUUCUGGGAUUCGUGUACGUUUUGGUUUGGAGAAGAGCAUAGCACCGCUUUUCUUAUCAUAUCAUUCUUCAUGGCCCUUGUCGAUAGUACUUCUAAUCUGACCUUCAUGCCCUUUAUUUCAAGUUUCAAAUCAAAGUACCUCAAUUGGUAUUUCAUAGGAGAAGGUCUUAGUUCCGUUAUACCAAGUAUCGUUGUCCUAAUUCAAGGCUCUGGUGGAGAAGAUGAAUGCGUCGCCAAUCAUACAUUUACAAAUAUCACCAAAGACCCCGUCACAAACGUCACAAUUCGUCAAAACUGCACGAUAUGGGAUGUCGAGAAAGUUGGAGACUUCCUCUUCCCGCCACAAUAUUAUUUUACAUUCAUAUUUGUUUUGUUUACGCUCAGUACGAUUUCGUAUUGGAUCCUGAGAUGUGUUCCAUUAUUUCAGGACCAGUACGAAGAAGAGGAGCUAACUGAAAAUUCAGAUGACACUGGCAGCGAUUAUACAGUAUGUAGAUGCCUGGAGUGUUGCAAGGGUAAUCAAGUUGAUGAGAAAACACCUUUACUCGUAAGUUACAACAAUGCUGAAGAAAAUCAAACGCAAGGGAAUGGAACAGGAUUGCCAAGAGAAAUUUGUGAGGAUGACCUUAAUGAAGAAUCAUCUGUGGAUAGGGAACGCGAAAUUGAUUGCAGUAAGGUUGGCAUUGUAGGUAGCAAUAUUGAAAGAGACGAGAUUACAGGGAACUCUAAUGUUUCCACGAGUAGUUCAUCUGCAAGGCAUGCGUUUCUCUUCAUAACGUUGACACUAAUCAGCGCCCUAACCUUUAGUGUCCUACCAGCUAUCCAGGGAUAUUCAGCAGCAGCAUACGGGUCACACAUAUACCUCGUUGCAACAGCCUUUGCAGAAAUCGGUGUCCCAGUUGGGUCCAUUCUAGUCAUGAUUCGUCCAACAACCAGCUAUCCACUUGUCUUUCUGACGUCACUCGGUGGCGUGGCUGCUGGUGGGUAUUGCGUCUUGACAGCAUCUCUCAGUCCAACACCUCCGUUGCAAGAACACAGAAUCGGAAAAGUUUUAAUCGUUUUGGCGUGGAUCCUUCAGGGUAUAUUCUUCUCCUACUGCCGGGCCACCAUUGGUUGGAUUCUUCGUUCUGACAAUAGGUCCCGGAUGCUGAUGAUGUUCUUCGGAGGGUGUACUACAAUCGGUACCAUGGUUGGCGCCGUCAUCAUCUUUCCACUCGUAAGCGUUCUACAAAUCUUUAAGAGCUUUGAUCCAUCUCAGGCGUGCGCCAGCCACGUAACUUGUCUUGCCCCUUAUGAAGAACUUGUAACAUCCAGCUUCUAGCAGACCAUAUCGAAUGAUUACGAACAUUCAAUUAGUAAAGAUUUUCCAAACACACACACUUCGCACCCUGACCCACCCACCCACAAAAAAAGAAACCUGAUGAAUUAUUGUUCUCUCUCGAUGAUAAUGUAUACAUUGCCAAUGCCCAUUACUUACAAUUUUCAUAUUUGUAGUAUCUUUUCCUCCCAUUUUAUAUACUGAUUGUAUUAUUGAACUAGAAUUGAACUAGGAUUGUGUGUGAAUGAGUGUGUGUGUUCAUUGUGAGAGCUCUACUCUUUUCUCUAAUCAGUCAUGGCUAUAUGUCAGCAUUGUUGUGCUACUAUUUUUCCAUUCAAUCAUGUUGAAGAUGAUAGUGAAUUUCAUUGGACCUUAUUUGGUUAUUUUGAUUUAAACAAGACGAUUGAUGUCGAGCAUUUGUUGAAAUUGAAAUUAAAUCCCUUUUCAAUCAACAAAACUUAUACUAAUGCACUUUCUGGUCCAGACAUUCGUCUUGACAGUGCAUGUGAAUAUAUAUUUUGUGAAGAAUUCAGUAGACAGUUUAGCAAUGUUAAGUCAAAACAUUCAUUUAAAUUCUCGAAGCCUAAAUGAAAAAUUUUAUGAAAUGGAAAUUGUUUUAUCAUCUUUAAACUUUGAAUUUGAUGUAAUUGCUGUUACUGAAACUUGAUUUAGUACUUCUAAAAAUAUAGAAAUGUAUAAAUUAAAUGGUUAUUCGCUUGUUUCUAAAUGUAUACCUUUCGAGACUGGUGGUGGAGUUGCUCUAUACUUGAGAGAUAAACUUACUUAUAAUUAGUUGUCUGAAUAUAAUUGUUCUGAACCUAAUUAUGAAAUGGUAUUUGUUGAAAUUGCUAACAACCCCAAACCUACAGUUAUUGCUUGUACUUAUCGUCCACCAGACUCAGAUAUAUCUGAAAUAUCAUGAGUCUUUAUUUUACAACUUGAAAAAUUAUAUGAAAAAACAUGGUCUCAAAUAAAUAUAAUACUUGGUCGAAAUAAACAUAAAAACUAUCUCAAAACAUGUACGAUAGAAAUGUGAAAAUAAGUAGUAAGAAAAUAUUGCACAUAAUUUUAACAACUUUUGUAUUAGUGUAGGUAAAAAACUUACCUCAUCGUUUCAAAAUCAAAGUUACUCUUUUGAAAAAUACCUGUCAAAACCAAACUUAAGUUCAUUUUGCUAGGUCAACAACUACUCAUGAAAUUGUCCAAUUAUCUUGUCUUUUAAAAAUUGAUAAAUCAAAUGGACCUGAUUCUUUUUCCCCUAAAGUUGUUAAAACUAUGUGACAUAUUUAAUAAGUCUUUGAAUAGUGGAAUAGUCCCAAACAGACUAAAGGUGGCAAAGAUUGUACCUCUUCACAAGAAAAAUGAUAGUAAUGACGUAGAAAAUUACAGGCCCAUUGCCCUAGCUUUUAUCAGUUUUUGCAAAAUUAUUAGAAAAGGUGAUGCAUAAAAGACUAUAUGAUUUUUUUUUUACAUAAAUGUGACAUUCUGACUUCAAAACAAUUUGACUUCCGUCGAAACUAUAGUACUGAUUUGAGCAUCGUUAAUUUUUCAAAUAAUAUCCUCCGUGAAAAUUUUAAUAUGUUUUGUAUUUAUGGACUUAUCCAAAGCAUUUGACACAAUCGACCGCCAUAUUUUACUUUAAAUUAUAUCAUUAUGGUAUUCGUGGUGUUCCACACCAAUGGUUUCCUGAUUAUUUACUUAAUAGAAAACAGUACAUGUAUGUGGUGGUCGAUGGUGUUGAAUCUGAUUAUAUGAAUGUUGACAUUGGAGUACCACAGGGAUCAGUACUUGGACCGCUUCUUUUUAUUAUUUAUAUCAAUGAUAUUGUAAAUUCGUCUAAAUUACUUAAUUUUUCAUUAUUUGCAGAUGACACUGUGGUGUAUCAUUCGUAUUCUAAUAGCGGUUUCUAAAUAAUGAUAGGACAAAAUAUGUAAUUUUUCAUAAGAAGAAAAAGAAAAUACCUAUAAUUCAAUUGAAUCUGUCAAAAUAAACAAUGUUUUUAUCGAACGUAAGCAAAAUAUAUUUUUCUUAGGUAUUUACGUCGAGGAGUGUCUUGAUUGGAAAUGUCAUAUUGAUUAUGUCUGUUCUAAAAUUUCUCGUAGUAAUGGUGGCUUGUAUAAGUUAAAAAAUAUUCUCCCAAGGAACAUAUUAAUGAAAAUUCAUAAUUCAACAAUCGUCCCCCAUUUAAAUAAUUGCAAUGUUAUUUGGGGAAAUACAUACAAAACAAAACUAGACAAAAUACAAAAGUUACAGAAACGCAUAGCUCGGUUAAUUACAAAUGGUCAUCAUUUAUCCUAAAGUUUGCCACUGUUUUAAAAAAUGAAAAUUAUUCCUGUAACUUACUUAAUAAAGCAAAUUUCACAAAAACAUUUUACCGCCUGUUUUUAUUGGUAUGCUCCAACCAAAUUCUUCAUUUCAUAAUUAUCCAACUCGUCAAAGCAAAAACUUACACAUUCCUCUUUGUCAUUCAACAUUACUCUAGAAUUAUUUAUCUUCUGUUGGGGUACGUGAAUGGAAUAAUCUAAAUUUCGAUAUAAGAUCCAGUAUUUAAGUGCAUGUAUAAGAAACUUAUAUUAAAUCAAAUGUUGUUCAUGGCUGAGUAGGAUACUCACCUCUUUCAUCUCCUAAAGUUUUCUUUUUACUUGUUUGCUUGUACACACUAAGAAAUCCAAGUGCAAAUGGGGUGUACCGUGUACGAUACGUGCGUACACCUCGCAAUACCAUCGAGAUGCAAGUUAUAGCUCUUAUGCGAGUGUCUGUUGUACACCCAUGUACUCUUGCGUGCACCCCACCAGUCUCGCUGAUAGACGUACAUGGUAUAGAUAAAGUUGAUUGUGAUCGAAGAUCAAUAAUGCACCCGGGGGGGGGGGGGGCGCUUCCAUUGACGACUGGAUACCAUGCGCGACCAUGCAGGGGUCUCGAAAAGCACCCUAAACACGUAUUUUCAAAAUUCUGAAAAUGCACCCCUUAACAAAUUUUGGCGUGUGAUUAUGUUUUGCAACAGUCUGAGCAAUUUGAUUCUUCAUCGGAUAGAUGUUGAAAUGCUGAAAUGGUCUACGAUGACUAAGAUAUACUUAUAUCCUCGGCGAGAUGUGGAAAGUUCUGCAAUAUCUCUAAAAAAACAUUUGCAGAGGGUGAUCUGCAGUUAUGUUGCGUAGUGGAGCUUACUUCUGAUUGGGAGAGCGGAAUGCUCCCCCCCCCCGGGGGGGGGGUGCUUCCAUUGACGAGUGGAUACCAUGCGCGACCAUGAGGUCUCGAAAAGCACCCUAAUCACGUAUUUUCCAUAUUCUGAAAAUGCACCCCUUAACAAGUAUUGGCGUGUGAAACCCUACCCUUAACAAGUAUUGGAAACAAAACGAUACUCUUGGCAAGUAUUCCCUGAAUUGACCCCCUUAAUAACAACGAUAUUUUUAUUGUUAUGUCACUGUCGUCGGUUUUACCUUUACCUGAUUGUGUUUCGUACAGCCCACUGAACUGGAAAUACGUGGAAGUCGUGUUCACCCAAGCAAAACAUCGCCGGCGAACUCGAUAAGUCACGUGACCGCCGCCAUUUUCCUAGGUCAAUAUUGUUCGAGAACGCGCCGUAGAAGAAAGUAAUGUACUUAGUGUGGCAAAGUGUAUUUUAAUGUCAUUAAGCCAAUCAUGUACAAACAUAUUUCUAUAUGCACAUUGCAUAAAGUACUGGGAACUGGUAAUUCAUAUAGUUUUAAAAAAGGGGUUAAAAUAUUUGACAAGAGGUAGUGGUCUUGUUGUGCAAUUUUUGACAUGUGGAAUAUUUCAUACUGACCAGGAUGCAUAUAACUGGUAUGUGAAAAUAAGCGAAAUUUAAAGUGCCACAACUUUUUAAAUGCAAUUACCAUUGCUAUGCUUUUCUGAUUUGUAUUAGUAAACUUGUUAGAGUUGACUUGGUUUUGUUUAUCCAUCACCCAUUCCUUUAUGUAAAGGUGUAUUGAUGUAUAUAUAAGCAUACAUGUCGUGCAACAUCCAUGCUCUUCCAAAUUAAAUUUCAUAAGAAUUCAAA